GAGAAAUCAGGAGGCCAGACGAGGAACCCCUUUCCUGUGGCAGUCAAGAUACUUGUUGAAUAAAAACUUAGCCAUAAUCAGAAGGGAGAGAGCGGCUCCCAACUCUAAGAGGUUCCUUUGGAAAAGCUCUUUCUACCUCCUAAUUAUGGUAGUUGUGGAUUAUUCGAGGAUCUUACGCGGAGAAGCAACUCUUCUAUCUGGCUGAGACCCCCCUCCCCCGGUUCUUCAAUACCUAUAGAUGAAGUGUUUCGUUUCCGCGUGCAGUAUGCUCCCGGUUCCGCUCAUCCCCUUCGACUCCUCUCACUCUCAGGGAUGGAUUGAACAGCAGAAGGUGUUGGGUUAAGUCCCGAAACGAGCGCUAUACACAAGAAUGAAUUAUGCAGAAGGCUUUUGGAACUUUGAGUAAAUUUGCUUUGGUAUGGAGACACUGAUUUUUUGCAAUGGCUUGAAAUUGGCGUAUCUCUGAACAUUCUGAUGCGUUUGAAUGAUCCAGCUGAUGUGGUCCGUGCUGGUUCCGUUUCACACCUUUGGCUCCAAUUUGUGGUUACUAAUGGACUUUCCAAGCAACUGUGUCUGAGAAUGUUUCCGCAGCUUUCUAGAAUUUCACAUAUAAGAGAACUAGAUUUGGGAAUAGCAGAAGGAAAAGAUGUAAAAUCUAGCAAUUCUAGUUGGGAGACUCUAAAAAGGGACCAUAAUGUUUAUGCUUCUCUACUUCAAGCUAUUGAAACAUCAAGCUCAUGCCCAAGUGAUUGCAUAGAUUAUGAAGUCAGCGCUUCAAGUACGGACGAUUAUCCAGUAAGUGUUUGGAAUACUCUGGUUCCAACAGAUAGAAACCAAAAUCAACCUUCAUACUGGUCAAGCAUAGGGGACAGUGAUCCCAACGCCCCGGAAACACUAAUUUACAAAUUGAAAGCUGAUCUUUGCGUCAUCACUGAAAUUAAUAUACAACCUUUGGAAGGGCCAAAAUGUUCGAUUUCGAUUAGGACACCCCAAAUCCUCAAGAGAUGUGAGGCGUCUCCUGCACUGGCACCCUGAUCAAGCUGCUGAUGACAUGUUUAUAUGGACUUAUACCUCGGAAGAAUUCCGUAUGAGACAGGUCAAUGCAAUGCGCUGCACAUGGAGUCCAAUAAAUAUGAGGUCUAGUUUCCAUUAUUCUUUUUCGAGCAUUAACAAAAUUAGAACCAUUAUCAGUUAUUAUCUACUCAACAUUCUCUUCUCCAACUUCAUCUAUGAUCUUAUUUAAAUGCAACGCAAGCAUUUCACCACUUUUUAUAGAGUCCGAUGCAUCAAUAGAUCUAAAAAAAAGGGUACCCGCGGGGCUAUUAAUUAGAAAGUUGAUAAAACAUCUACUUUUUCCAUCUGUCCAACUAUCAGACAUAAUUGAACAACCAUAUUGCUUCCAAGAUUUCUUAUGUUCAUCUAUGCACACACCCUUAGUGAGUGCGGUUGAUAUUAUUGAAGGAUGAAUCUUCCCUGGACAUGGAUCUUGUACAAAGCAUUAUAUA